AUGUCUCUUGAGGAGUUGCGGAAUCAGCUGGAGACCUUAAAGGUGCAAAAUGCGGCUCUUCAAGCCCAGGCCCAGCAAACUGAGCCUGCAACAGCUGAGACUGUGGUAUCAUCUAAAGGUAUAUGUGGUGUUACUGUCAAGCUGCCUCCAUUUUGGGCCGACCGUCCAGCAGUGUGGUUCGCCCAGGCCGAGGCUCAGUUCCAUCUCGCCGGCAUUAAAACCGACAUCACCAAAUUUAGUCAUGUCAUUAGUAUAAUCGACCAAAGGCUAAUUGGUGAAAUUGAAGAUGUCAUAAUGAACCCACCAGAAGAAGACAAAUACAAAAUCUUGAAAGAAGAACUCAUAAGGCGCCUUUCUGUUUCUGAGCAACAACGGGUGGAGCGACUCUUGAGUAGUGAGGAGCUCGGGACUCGCAAGCCCUCUGCCUUCUUGCGCCACCUUCAAUCUCUUGCAGGUACAGCCAAGGACGAUACCAUCCUGAGACAGCUCUGGAUGAGGCGGCUGCCGGGGCAGGUCCAGGCUAUACUCACCGCCCAGUCAGACAUAAGUUUAGAAAAACUUGCUGAGCUGGCGGACAAGAUCAUGGAGGUGAAUCCAAGCCCACAGGUAUAUAAGGUAACAGCUCCACAGCCCAGUUUUGAUGCUGUCAUGGAGCGUCUUGAACAAUUAACCCAACAGGUUGCUGCCUUGUCUACCAGAGAGCAACGAGGGAGAUCUCGCAAUAGAUCCAGACCGCGCAGCAGAAGCAGAAGUAACACUCCGGCCAGCAAUGCUACCCGACUAUGUUGGUACCACAAGCGGUACAAUACCCAGGCGACCAAGUGCAACCCGCCUUGCAACUGGAAGUCGGAAAACCAGAACAGCGGUCAGUAA